UCUCUCACCGGGACUGGGGACUCCCGGGAAGUGGACCGGCAGAGGAAGGGGCAAAGCUAGCUGUCUGCGGACCAAGCUCGAGACCCACCCCGGGCGUGAGGCGGGCUCCCUGGGCCAGGAGCGCUGGCGAGCCGACGCGGCGGCCGGGGGCGGUUGUGAGGCGUGUGCGGGACGGGGCGGGGGGAGUGCCGGCACCAGAGAGCCAUGGCCCCGCAGAACCUGAGUACCUUCUGCCUGUUGCUGCUGUACCUCAUAGGGGCCGUGAUCGCUGGGCGAGACUUCUAUAAGAUCUUGGGGGUGCCUCGCAGUGCCUCUAUAAAGGAUAUUAAAAAAGCCUACAGGAAACUAGCCCUGCAGCUUCAUCCUGACCGGAACCCUGAUGAUCCCCAAGCCCAGGAGAAAUUUCAGGAUCUGGGUGCUGCUUAUGAGGUUCUGUCAGAUAGUGAAAAGCGGAAGCAGUAUGAUACUUACGGUGAAGAAGGAUUGAAAGAUGGUCAUCAGAGCUCCCAUGGAGACAUUUUUUCACACUUCUUUGGAGAUUUUGGUUUCAUGUUUGGAGGAAACCCUCGUCAACAAGACAGAAAUAUUCCAAGAGGAAGUGAUAUUAUUGUAGAUCUAGAAGUCACUUUGGAAGAAGUUUAUGCAGGAAAUUUUGUGGAAGUAGUUAGAAACAAGCCUGUAGCUCGGCAAGCUCCUGGCAAGCGGAAAUGCAAUUGUCGGCAAGAGAUGCGGACCACGCAACUAGGCCCGGGCCGCUUCCAGAUGACCCAGGAGGUGGUUUGUGAUGAGUGCCCUAAUGUUAAACUAGUGAAUGAGGAGCGAACACUGGAAGUGGAAAUAGAACCUGGGGUAAGAGAUGGCAUGGAGUACCCCUUUAUUGGAGAAGGUGAGCCUCACGUGGACGGGGAGCCCGGAGACUUGCGGUUCCGAAUCAAAGUUGUCAAGCACCGAAUAUUUGAAAGGAGAGGAGAUGAUUUGUACACAAAUGUGACAAUCUCACUCGUUGAAGCUCUGGUUGGUUUUGAGAUGGAUAUUAUUCACUUGGACGGUCACAAGGUACAUAUUUCCCGGGAUAAGAUUACCAGGCCAGGAGCCAAGCUAUGGAAGAAAGGGGAAGGACUUCCCAACUUUGACAAUAAUAACAUCAAAGGCUCUUUGAUAAUCACUUUUGAUGUCGAUUUUCCAAAAGAGCAGUUGACAGAGGAAGCAAGAGAAGGUAUCAAGCAGCUACUCAAACAAGCAUCAGUGCAGAAGGUAUACAAUGGAUUGCAAGGAUAUUGAGAGUGAAUAAAAUUGGACAUUGUUGAAAUAAGUGAAUCGGCAAUAUUUAUUAUCUGCAGGGGUUUUUUUGUGUGUUUUUCUUGUUUUCAAUAUGCAAGUUUGGCUUUUUUUUUUUCUUUUUUUUUUUUUUCCUGACGAUCGCCAUGACAUGAAUAAGAGGGCUUAAGAAUUUGUCUUUUUGCAUUCAGACAAGAAUGACCAGCGAAAGGUUAACUAAUACCUCUCCCUUUGGGAUAUUAUGUCUGGUGCUGCCACCUGAGUUUCAAGAAGUAAAAUCUCAAGACUCCAGGAGCAAAAGGAACAAUAUGAAGGGGUGGAGAUAAUUGUUAGUUAUUUCAUUCAAAAUGCCAACUGGAGAAGUGUUUUUAAAUACAUCUUGUUAUUUUUUUUCUUGA